AUGAUCGAACAAUAUGCUGAUGAUAUUGUUUUAUAUGAAAAUAUUCUUUUAUCAACACUGGGAUUUUCCUUAAUGGUUGAUCAUCCACAUCCAAUUAUUAUUAAAACUAUUCAAGCACUUGGAAGUCAAAUCCAGUCAUUACCAGAAAAAA